AUGAGUAGUGCUCUCACUUCCUCCAACUUCACAUCGUCUUCUGAUGACUUCAACGCCGCCGCCGCCACCUCUUCUCCGCUCACGGCGGCGUUGGGUCUCAUUAUUUCACCGGAUAGUAUCACUUCAACGGCAGCUUCAUUGUUUCUGGAGGAAGAUAUGUGCACUCCGCUCAACAUCUCGUGUGUCUGUCAUACCGAAUACGCGAGUUACGAGGGAUUGGAGAGGUAAGGCUUGCUGGGGAACUAUUUUAGAUCUUCGGAAAUUAGCUUCUGAGAAUCCCUUUCUGUUUAUACUUUGGUUUCUCACAUAUCUCACCAGAAGUAGUAUACUAUGUUGCCCAAAAUAGACGGAAGGUGGUCAUUAGUAAUAUCACUGGCCGAGAUAAUGAAUGGGUUGAGUCUCAAAGUAUUACUAUAACAGCGAGUAUAAUAGAAUAAAAGCCGAUAAACGGAUGAACAGAAACUGAAAUCGGUGGAUUAACCUUGAAUAGCAGCUCGUAGAUUGUACUCCCGAGAUCACUGAAAUAUCUAUUUACAGAGUGAUUCUUGGUCUCGUCGCCGUGCCAGUCAUCAUGUUCGGCAUUCUGGCGAACGUGACGUCGAUGCGCAUCUUCACGCACAGAAUCAUGUCGGGCUCCUCGAUCAACUGGUACCUGGCGGUGCUCUCCGCCUCGGACACUCUCAUCCUCGUCUCCGCGUUCUUCGUCCUUUCGCUGCCUCGUUUCGGCGAGUAUCUGACCUGGUGGCGAGCCAACUACAUCAGGUUUGUCGAGCAGAGUUUGACGUGGCAUGCUGGACACUUGAGUUUCGUGUGUUGUGUGAUAUGCUCAUUUCCUUCUUUUCUCUUCCUUUUUUCACUUCGUGUUCCAUCUUCCCAUUUUGUUUCAUUUUGCUCGUUUUAUCGGACUCUUGCAGUAAUAAUUCUAAUUAAUGUUCAAAUCCUAGGAUCCAGAUUAGUUCAGCCAAUUAGAGAAGAUAUAUAUUUGUGAAAAUCUGGUUUCAUCCGGAUCUUUAUAAUAAUAAUUUAAUAACCAAUUCUAGCCGAAGAUUAUCCUAGAUGUCAUUCCUAAUUCGACCUUACUUCCAUUCCAUCGGGUGCUUCACCCUCACACUUCCUUUACUCCUGUACCAUCCUUCCCAUUGAUCUAUCACUUUCUAUCUCUUCUCAACCCGACGUUGUUUCAAUUCGAUUAGUUUGCCUGUUUUGUUGUGUUUUGUUAUAAAUGAAGCCACUAUCCAUCCAGAAUCCUUUAGCUACUCGGUCACUCCCUACAUGUAUGGACUCAUGAUGACCGCCCAAACGUGCAGUGUGUUCAUGACCGUCGGCGUGUCCGUCCAUCGCUACAUCGGCGUCUGUCACCCGUACAAGUCUGUCGAGUGGCUUCCGAAGAAGAGGGUCACUACGUUCAUAAUCGGACUGCUCACCUUCUCGGUCCUCUUCAACACCACUCGCUUCUUCGAGGUACCGAGUGAAAGAAAGACCCUCUCAUUCGAUCCCCUUUCAGGUGCACAUCUCGAACGUCUGCUAUCGCGCGAACAUCGACUACUACAUGCCCUCGCUUCAGCCGACCGCUCUCCGAAUGAGCGAUCUCUACAGGUACCUGGUCGGAUCAUUUUUAUUUCAAUUCCACUCUUUUUCAGACAAAUCUUCUUCGGCUGGGCCUACACCAUCGUCAUGUACGUCGUCCCGUUCACUUUGCUCAUCGCCCUCAACUCGAUGGUCCUUUCGGCGGUCCGACGCUCUCGUCGAAUGCACAUGGUCUCGCAGUGCGGAGCGGAGAGCGAGGAGUUCUCGAAGAAGGCGGAGCGGAAGGAACGGCAGACCUCCAUCAUGCUCAUCUCGAUCGUGCUCCUUUUUAUCGCCUGCAACACUCUCGCGUUUGUGUGUAACAUAAUGGAGAAUAUGGGCGCCGACGGAGCCAUUUAUCAGACUCUCGUCACUUUCAAUAACCUCUUGGUGAGCCCAUUCACCAAGCGCCCACUGAAUUGAAUGUCUGUUCUUCAGGUGAUCAUAAACGCGUCGUGCAACAUCUGCGUCUACAUGCUCUUCUCGGACAAGUACCGAAUGCUGCUUCGCUAUUAUCUGUUCUGUGACUGGUCGCGACAGGGAGAGCUGCUCGUUAGUUCCGUUCUCAAUUGAACGCGUCCGUUUACCCCCAUUUCCCCAUCAAUCCCUUAUUUCCCUUUUUCCUCUUUUCCUCAGUUUGUUCGUAUUUCAGAGCAUGCUCUUUUCCUUUUUCUCCUUCUCCUUUCUAGUUUUAGUUCUCCUUACAGUUUUGUUUCAAAUCUGCAAAUUUCUAGAUUGAUCGCUUCGAGAAAAGUCAAACGUAA